AUGGCUUCUACAGAUUCGCGGCAUUUUGGACCUGUUCCACUUGGACUAGUUCAAAUUCGACUUACUCUCCGCAUCUGGCCAGUCUCCAGGUUUGGUUGGCUGUCAGAUCACUGGUUUUGGGAGUCGGAAGAAGACUUGAAGCGAAACACUAAAGCUGAUGUCCCAAAAUCGAAAUUUUAUCCUCGUUCUUAG